AUGAACCACCACAAUCACCACCGUCAACCACCACAACGACCACCAAUAAACCACCAAACAACAACCCAAAUCCUCAAACAAACCACCACUACCUUCACCUCCAACCUCCUCCUUUUCCUUCUCCUUUCAUCCCUAAUCCUCACUUUCCGUUCCAAUGUCGAAAAUGGGACCCAUUAUCUCACUUCAUUCAUCGAUCGUGACCCUUCUCUCAAAUCCCUAGUAUCUCGUAUUGACCUCCUCUCCGCUGCUACUCAAACUCAACACCACCACCACCUCCGCCGUCAUCGCCGCCGCCCUUUUCUUCACUUAUCCCGUGUUGGUACCCUUGAUGAUGAUUUCUUCUCCGGUGAUUCGGACCUUGACAAAUCCCUAUUUCACCCUAACCCUAAACCUCAGCCCAAUUCCACUUUCCUAAUUCUUUCCGAUUUUGACCCUAACUUAGGGUUUUCAAAUCAUAUCAUUGAUAAUGGGAUUUUAUUUCCUCAAGCAAUUCGUAAUGGGCUUGUCUCUUUCAAGCCCCUUUUAGAAAAAACCCAGAAUUUGACCCAUCUUGAUAAUAAUACUGAAAAUGAAAUUGUAAAUGAGAAUGAGAAUGAAAAUGGGGUUGUUGAUUUGCAGUUCUUAAUAAAGGGUCUUGAAUUGGGUCGUCGUGACGCCACGGCAUUGUUGUUUCUUGUUAGUUUGUUAUCAGCAGCUUAUGCUUAUGUAGUGUUGGCUUUUUUGGUUACUUACACUUGGGUUCAUGGGAUUAUUUUCUUGCAAGUGUUGGAUAAUGUGUUAGGGAAUUACAGGUCAAUUUUUAGGACUGCAUGGGAAGGUUCUAAUUUGGGGUUAAGAAGGCUUUCUGGAUUUGUUUUGAUGAGGUGGGCAGUUAGGGAUGCUUUAGCUCAGUUGUUGGGUAUUUGCGUUUUUGGAGAAAUUGAGGAUCAAUAUGCAUUUUUUAAGGUUUUUGUGAGGAUGAAAUUGAUGCCCUUUUCGGAUGUGGCACCGUGGGUUACAGGGCAUGAGAAGGAAAGCUUGUGUUUUGUUGUCUCUUGGUUCUUGGUGGAGUUGGUAGUGGGGUUUAUUUUUGCUGUCGAUUCUUGGGUUUCGAUUGUGGAUUCGACGAAAAGUGGUAGAGAAGUUGUCAAAGAAGGGUGUCGUUUGUUGAAUAUUAUGGUGUAUCCUGCUAUGGGGAUCAAGUGCUGGGAAGUUUUGGUUUGUGGGUCGUUAACGAGAUGGAUAUUGGGUCGAAUAUUUGGAGAAGUGUUUGCACUGGCAUUUCAGUCUGUUAUGGAAGUUUAUUUCAUGGUAGCUUGGUUAACAUUUUACUUGGCUGCAAGGUGCAAUGAUGCCUCUGCAGUUGGGAGGACAUUUGGAUGA